UUCAAACGAACGCCCAAUUUUAUGCAUGAAUCGUUUGGACGGAAACUAGAUAGAAACUAGACACAACUCGGAAGCAUGUGUUUCAGUUUCUGUAGUGUAAGUUAGAGUUAAACAGUGUACGUUUUGGAGAUCAGUGCAGCAUGGCACCGAUGUGGCGUGUCGUGUUCAUCGCUUUACUGGAGUUCCAGUGCUACAUGAGUCGUGAGGUCACUCUUCCCGCGGGCCCGCUGUAUCGGGUAGCCGGAUUCUCACUGUCGCUGCCCUGUGCCGUUUCGGGAUACGAAGGUCCAAGGACGCAGGAUUUUGAGUGGUACCUCUACCACGAUGAUGCAGGUGAUAGACAGAUCGGAGUCGUGUCCACGCGAGACGCUGGAUUCCCGUACGGCCUAUUUCAGGCGCGUGUGCGGGCGGGCGAAAUCCGGGUGGAGAGAGACUCUGGUGACAAAGCCAGACUGGUAAUCCAGAGGCUCCGCCCAGAGGAUCAGGGCCGGUACGAGUGUUACACGCCCAGUACUGACACCCGCUACCAAGGGAACUACAGUGCAUCAGUGGUCGUCAAAGUGAUUCCAGACACGCUGCUAAUUACACACUCGCGCAUUCUGAGCGGCCAACCCGUCAUCGAGGGCACAGAACUGCUGCUGACGUGCACUGCGUCCGUCCAGUCAGAUGAGCACACUCAUGUGUCCGUCAAAUUCGGAGUGCGCAGCAGCAAGGGGGCGGAGUCUGUCGGACACAACCUAAGAGAAAUCAUCGCAAUCGACCGCGAGCUACGCGUGACACCCGGCCGCAGCGGAUCGUACGAGAAGAGAUACAAAGAUGGAGAAAUCGCUCUGGAGAAGAGGAAUGGAGAUGGAGGCAGGGAUCUGUACGUGCUCAAGAUGAGCGCGCUGGCACCAGAGGAUUCUGGGUCGUAUUUUUGCGAGGCUGCGCAGUGGAUCCGAGAUCCGCAGGGCAAAUGGGAGCGCAUCGCACAGAGAACGAUGGAGCUUGGCAAUCUCACCGUUCAACCACUUGCGGACACGCUGACCUUACGCUCGAUACCCGAAGGCGUCAUCACGCUGCAGCCCGGCGCUCCUCUGAGCCUCACCUGUCAGGUGUCGGGCGUGGGCGGGUGGAACCGCUCGGCGCAGCUUGUGCAGUGGAUGCGGCGCGGGCCGGCAGGGGGUGUGGAGGUGGAGGUGGCGCGCAUGGGUCCUGAUGGCGUGGUCAGCUGGGGUGAUGAUGCCAGCAGGGCAGGACGGGGCAGUAUGGAGAAGGAGGCCGAUGGGCGGUUCUCUCUGAGGCUGUUCUCUGUUCACCCCGCCGACGCAGGACUCUACCGAUGCGCCGUGAGCGUGUACGCGGGGCGGCUGACUCCAGGUCCCACGAGUCCUGCCACGAUAACACAGCGAUCGGAGUGGGUCACCGUUAACCUAAAGACUGAAGAGGUGCGCGUAUCUGCCACCAUCGAGUUGCCACACCGACCGCUGCUGAAGCGCGGUAGCACGGUUACUCUGCUCUGCAACAUCUCCGUGGCAACCACCGUUACGGCCCAGGUGGAGGUACAGUGGCUUCAGAAGCCAGAGGAACCAGAGAGAAAAGACGUGACGAUUUCCGAGGACGGCAAAGGUGAAGUCCUCGCAUCCGUAACACACGACGGCCUGACGCGAAUCUUCAGCAACGGCAGUGAUUUGAGCGUCGACCGCGUGUCCGCCGGAUGCUACAGGUUGAGGAUUUUCUCCGCGCGCGAGGAGGACCAGGGCCACUAUCGGUGUCUAGUGGAGGUGUGGUCACAGGAUCCGCAUGGAGGAUGGUACAAAACAGGUGCCAGCACAGAGUCGGCCACCGUACACCUGUACCUGUAUGCACAAGUUGCUGAUCUGCUGCUCAUACCUCUGGUGAUCGGAUUGUCGUCGGCGCUGUUCGUGGGCGUGUUCAUUAUCGCCACCGUGACGUGCUGCUUCAUGAACAGACUGGCUAGGCAGCGCUCUCAAAUAAGGAAGUAGGCACGAGACUUUCAUGCAAAAACCCCUGAGAACAUUCAAUGACUUGAACGGUGCAAAGAAAAGUGGCUUUUAAAGCUUUUCAUCGGACUUGAUUUAAACGUGCACUCAGAAAUGUCUUGGAUUGACAUUGUUUCUAACUACUCCACUUUAAAGUUAAUAUUAUGUUGCACAAAUGUAUUUUGUGCGCUCGCUAACGUCAUGUAGACGUUACAUGGUGGAUGUAAACCUCUCAUUUAUGGUUAGAAAGUGACUGAAUGCAAGCAGAACCAAUAAUAGAGCCACAGAUGUUUGUUUACAGUGGACCGGGGGAUUCUAUGGGGGGGGGGCAUGGGGUGACCACGCCCCUCCCGGACUGAAGCCUUGCCCCACCCACCGACCCAAGCCUUUCCUACUUCCAGAGUAGCAAAUAACCUGCCAUUGUAGUUAGUUAAUCCAAUAUACUUUAUUCUGAAUGGGUGAAUCUCACUAAGAAAUGAGUUGAAUUUGACCACAAAAUUAAAAGGUAAAAAUAAGAAAUUUGAUUUUGCAUGGAGAAAAUUAUGCCAAUUAUUUUUGUGUGUGGAAAUAUUUUCACCCCUAAUUUUUGUUACUCUAAUACAAAAUAAAUCUCAUUGUCAUUGCAUUAAUAUAAUAAUAAUGGAAACCGUUCUGUCCUGGCACCUUUAUAAUAAUAAUAAUAAUUAUUAUUAUUAUUAUUAUUAUUAUUAUUAUUAAUAAUAAAAUCAGCAUAAAUAAAUCCACAAAUACUACCGCAAGGUAUAUUGACCAGUGUACUUUACAAAAAAAAAUGUGCUUAAAAAUGUGAAAAUAAAGUAACGCUUUACAAUAAGAUUCCAUUUGUUUACAUUAGUUAACAUGAACUAACUAUGAACAAUACUUUUACAGCAUUAAUUAAUCCUGAAUAAUGUUAACUUCAACAUAUAAUACAUUUACAAACAAAAGUUGUAAACGUUAAACCUCAUGCACCCUUCGGUCAUUUUUGACCAAAAUCAAAAAAAAAAAAAACAUUAUUUAUUAUAUAAAAUAAAAUAAAACAGCCACAAUGCAAAAAAAAACACACAUCAAAAUGAAUUAGGGAGACCAAAACACAUCUACAGUGCUGAACACACACACACACACACACACAUAUUCAUCUUCACCAGGGAUAAAUUCGCUUAUUACUUGUUAUUCUACUCAUUUCAGGUAUGCAAAACUGACAAAAAUAACCUCAAUCAAAAUGCAGAACUUGUGACAAAAUCUAGAAUCAUUUUCUCUUCAGCCAGGGAUGAAUAAGCUCUCUGCAGCCACCUAGUGUUUAUACUUGUAAUUGCAUCUUUAUUUUUUUAAAUGGACAGCACAGUUUGAACCUUGAGACUUUAAGCUUUAAAUGGUACAUAAUACAUGAGGAUUGGUUCAAAAUUUUAGAAAAUAUUCAUAAGAAAAGUAAGAACCAAAAAGUCAAUUUUCAAGGUCAAAUAGGUAAAGUAAUAUAUAUAUAUAUAUGAGGUCUAAAUGCACAACUUUAGUGCUAUUACAUGAUUUAAUUUAGAGUUGUUAUGUUUCUUUCAUAACAAUUAAAAAAAAUUACACACUUAUUGUUUCCGGUCACUUUUGACCGGGAACAGCAGUAACAUGAUUUAAUGAUGAACAGUGCAUAAGGUUUAACAUUAGUUAACUCACUAUGAACCAACAUGAACAAUUAUAUUUUUAUCAACUAAAAUUAAGAAAGAAUAAUAAAUGCUGUAAACUAUAUUUAGUUUUAUGUAAGUUCAUGAUACCUGAUGCAUAAGCUAAUGUUAAACGUGCAGUAUGUAAGAUUCAGAAACUCUUGUUUUUAGUGACACCUGUGGCCGUUAAGUGAACUGCAGCAGCUACCUGUUGCUCGCGCUUGUGCACACACUCCAUAGGGAUGCGAGCGAGCAAUGCCCGAAACAAUGAUGUAAUGUACAAAGAGGCUGAACGUGAUUCACCAGCAUCAUACUGACAGAUGAGGUAGCAUAAUUGAAAUAACACCGUUAUGAUUGUUUUACUACUAACUUUGUACACACAUGUAUCUCAUCAAGCUGGACAACGUUUACCCUCAUAGUCAUAAGCUCUGCCCAACUUGCAUAGUUUGAAAAACGCAUGCUCUGAAAUUUGAAAUACUCCUCCUAGGGGAUUAAUGUGACAAGCACCAAUCGUGGGCAACAUCAUGCCAAGUCAUCGAAGAUGCUAAAUUGCGAACAGAUUUUUUAUAUUUCAAACGGUGUUGCCAUGGCGAGGCAAUCAAUUAAUUGUGAAAAAUGAAAGAGGAAGUGCUCGUAUCUUCGGCGUGCAUUGUGCAAUUUAGAUCACAAUUGACCCGUAUGUUUGGCCUUGAUUGCUGAUCACAUUGAUGUAUCUACUGCGGGUCACGGUCUUAGCGCAGCGCCACCAACUGGCAGCAGGAUGUCAGUGUGGCCCUUACAACAGUCUUUGAAAAAAAUACAUUUACAUUUAAACAAAACAUUAGACAAAGUUUGUUGUCGCUGUUGAAUAGCGGAAGAGAAGCACUGAGGCUCUCAGGAGCGCAAAUAAACGUCUACGGGCUUUAAUAGGCAACCUAGGAAGUCUGGGAAGGGCUCAUGUUUUGAGUUGCGCUACAAGCCGUUCACACAUUGGCAAAAAAGGCAAAUAUUACUUAAAAAUUGUUACAUACUGCACCUUUAACAAAUGGAACCUUAAUGUAAAAUGUUACUGAAAAUAAUGUCAAUGCAAAAAGUCUUAAUGGUCCUAAAUAUAAUAUAUAUUUUUGGGUUUGUUGGUUUUGGUGUGAAAUGUGACCUGGAUAUGCUCUAUUUUUCAAGAGAGUCACACGGAUACCAAAACACAUGUGAUUAAAGGGAUCAGAACCACUGAGGAACGAGGUCUAAUAAGCUACAGUGUUCAGGACAAGUUCAGAGUGGCUGUUUACAGCGUUACCGAAAUCAAACAAACCACUCUUGAGAACUGACUGAAGCCAAACCACAGAACUGAUAAGACAGGAACUCUUGACACGAGAUCUGCUCGCACGCUGUUACGCAAACACGACUAAAGCUUUCAGCCGAGACUCUGUUGGGAAUCCACUUAAAAUGCUAAAAAAAACUCUCCCAAUGCAAUUCAGCCAUGUAGAUGUUUGCCAGGAUUUCCCGCUGUACUUCCAGAAUCAAAGUGAGAUGCGGACCAAAUAGUUUCUUAUAAAAAGGUCCUAUAAAACCUGUAUUGAUGUCGUUUAAUUUUUCACUGAAAUGUUGCUGUAACGUGCAUCUGGGUCAUUCUGCAUAAAGGUGAUUUUUGUGUCCUGUGUGUAAAUAAUGACUUCACACUGAAUCCAAAAGACUUUUGAUAUUAUAUACGAUCUCUAAACAACAAGUAAAUGUCUCCUUUUAUCAGCUUGUGUUUGGUUUGUCCUAAAUGUAAGAAAUAGUCAACCCUGUUAAAUUGAUUUUGUGACCGAAGUAAUCAUAUUUAGUCGUUGAUCUUGAGAUUAGGUUUUCUUUGUCAUAUGGAAUGUUUACAAAUUAAAAAAAUCACCUUUGGGAAAUAAAGUAACAUGUUUCAUAGAAUGACCCGUCUCGUUUGUGUUGGACGAAUGAUGCAGAUUAUUCCGCGAGCUUCGUUUUGAGUCACGCCAUCGUUGACUUGAUUGCUGUGUAUGAUCAUUAAAGUGUCAAUGCACUGGAUUUCUCUGGGACUGUUUUAAAGUGAACGGCACAUUAUCAUCAGAAAAAGGGAUCCAGUGUUUUCUGUACUUACUUACAGGGUUGAGACGCUGAAAUCUGAUUCAUCCUCUUACCAUGUGAUUAAACGCUGAAUGACAGCUGGGGAGAGUAGCGGAAUAUUCUCUGGAUUUUAAUCCUCAUGUUUACGGUCUGAAACGUCAUGCGGAUUUGAUACUGUUGUCCUGUUGGACACAAAAGCCAUUAUGAUGUGCUGUUUUGAUUUCAGUCGCAGCGUUUGCGUUCUGAUGAUCCGUCUCAAGAUGCUUUUUGAAUUUGCCUCUGUUCGCUUCAUCUUAGUCAACAUGAACCGGGUUUGCAACAACUCUUGCACAAGACAAACUAGGGUGAAACAGGAUAUUUAAUGAGGAAUAAAUGUGGAAUGGUUCUUAAUUUUAUUCACCAGGAAUGGAUUGGAUGAUGAAAAGUAGGCUGUGAUGUGAUGUGAUGUGAUGAAGCUGUUUAAAACCUAUUAAACCUACCUGACCCAAGCAGACGCAGUGAGUGAAAUUUCAUUGGUCCAAAAUAUGUUCUGAUUGGCUUGUGACCGUGCCGUGUCGGCCAGCGUUUUUGCAUCCAGUGUGAAUACACAAAAAACACGCUUUUUUUAAGAGGUCGGCCAAAAAGAUGGGAAACGGUUAUUGUUAAAAGAUUACACAAAACGGGGGGUCUCUGAGUAUCUCGGCGAGUAUUGGCGCUGACUAUCACACCUGGAGUCGUGAGUUUGAAUCCAGGGCGUGCUGAGUGACACCAGCCAGGUGUCCUUAGCAACCAAAUUGGCCCGGUUGCUAGGGAGGGUAGAGUCACAUGGGGUAACCUCCUCGUGGUUGCUAUAAUGUGGUUCUCGCUCUCGGUGGGGCGUGUGCUGAGUGACACCAGCUAGGUCUCCUUAGCAACCAAAUUGGUCCGGUUGCUAGGGAGGGUAGUCACAUGGGGUAACCUCCUCGUGGUUGCUAUAAUGUGGUUCUCGCUCUCGGUGGGGCAUGUGGUGAGUGACUCCAGUCAGGUCUCCUUAGCAACCAAAUUGUCCCGGUUGCUAGGGAGGGUAAAGUCACAUGGGGUAACCUCCUCGUGGUUGCUAUAAUGUGGUUCUCACUCUCGGUGGGGUGUGUAGUGAGUUGUGCACGAAUGCGGAGAAUAGCGUGAAGCCUCCUUUUAAAACGGACGGUUAUCAUUGACGGUAUUGCAUGAAUAUGAAGACCUUUUAUAAAAACCCAAAUCAGUUUAAUUAAGACAGAAUCGGCAACAUUUACACGGCAUCUUCUAAACUUGCCAAGAAAAAUAAAAUCUUUAAAUUGCGCCUUCCUCGUGCUAAAUUCGACUGUCAGUUUUAAAGGUGACAUGCAGGUGUUGCGAGCAUGUCGGAAGUGCGGCACGGGCGCACGAUGCAGACAUGUCCGAGCCUGGACCUUUAAUUCCGCCGGCAAAGUGGUGUAAGUCUGCUGUCUGGGAUUACUUUGGGAUUACUAUGUUAAAGACCCUCGAGGCACCAUCAAUGUUGAUUGUUACCCAGUCUGUAAAGUUUGUCGCAAAAAAGGAUCAACUCGGGUAGGGCUGAGCGAUAAAACGUUAUCUAUAUAUAUCACGAUAAAGAAAAUCCACGAUAAGAUAUUUACUGCGUGUCGCUAAAACACAAGCAGUUUGGCUUUCUCGGGCUGCGUUUCCACUGGGGCGGCGAAAUCCGCUCAAAGGCGCUCACAGCGCUAGGAGAGAUCUACCGCUGCCAAUCCUACAAUCCACCUCGCGAGCGUGACGCUCGGCUUUCAUAGGAAUGAAUUGAAACGCUCUCAGCUUCGCUCACAACGCGCCAGUGGUAACGUAGGGUCAGACUGGAUGAACUUGCUAAUGCUAGCUGCCUUGCUAACAAUUAGGCUACGUCAGACACCGGAUUGAUUCCAUCCGCACCACAAGACUUCAGCGGUUGCGUCCGCUCAUCGUCUCUAGUGAAGAGCACGACAGAACAACAGUGAUGUGGACGACCGCUCGGAUCUUUCUGCGCUGUAUUCUUGAAUAUUGUCCUCUAGCACCAAACAUGCAUCAUUUCUGCCCCGUCCCGCUCCGCUCGCGUCGCCUCUGUUCCCUGCAUGUGUGUGGACAUGAAUCGCCGCAUGAGUUAACGUGGUUUCGAAGCAGCUUUUAGACCAAAACGUUUUUCCCUCCUAAAUGUAUCUUUAUUAAUCGGCAUGUUACGAGACUUUAAUAAUAAACAAAUCCAAUAAAUCGAUUUCGGUUCUAAUUCUGUGAACAUUCCAUUAGAUGUCUGGAAUGGAAAAGGAAAGACUAAAAUUACUAGUUGGUCGACGAGUGUCUCACGUUAAUGAAAAUAUACAAACGUUUUCUAAAUGUUCUCUCAGGACACCCCUGAACCCACAGUCACAAGGGCUUCUAUGCCCCAUAAUUGGGUAUCUGGACCCUCUGUGCAGUUUUAUAGAGACUAUUUUGACUGUUUAGAAUAAAUGUUUUCUUCUUUUCUUCCGUCAACUUUGAAAUAAAAAAGAAAGUGCGACGUGUAAAUGUAUAUCGUGAUAAAUGUCGAUAUCGAACAAUAGGAAAAAGAUUCUCGUGAUACCAAUUUUGGCCAUAUCGCCCAGCCCUAAACUCAGGCGAGAAAAUCCUUAAACCUUAAAGUCGUCAUGAAACGGAAGUUACGACCGAUUUACGAUUUGUGACACAUUUCCGAGCGAAACAUCGAGCAAGAAAACAAUGUGGGGCGGGGAUUUGAGGUUUAUCCAUUGCUUGUUGAUUGAAUUGUAAAAGAUAUGGCCGCUGCACUUAUAUGAUCAAACCGACAACAUAAACGCACAAGCACAUUCUCUCUUUGCUAACGAAGAGGCUGUAGAAGUUGAAAAAGGAGUGAGUAAAAAAUAAUAAUAUUUUAACGUUUUAUAUCACAAUACACUAAAUAUAAAGGAAAAAAACACUUGUGCCGCGCAUCACAAGAUAAAUGCAUUCAAAAAUGUAAAUAAACUCCAAAAGCAUCCGAAGCGUUGUAUUCAUUAAUGAUCACCGCGGAAAAUCUGGCGUGAAAUGUUUCGAACCCAACCACGAAUUCGCCAUUAUUCCUCCUCAUUCGAAAUGUAAAUUCGAGACAGCUGACCCGUAAACAAGGAAGUUUGUGUUAAGGAACGAUGAAAAUACAGCUUGCCAUCUUCAACAACAUUCGAUUGACGCUUCGUUCAACUCUACGCGAGGUAGUGGUAUUUAUAAGAAAGGGAGCGGGGUUUAAGUGGACUAAAUGAUUGGAGAAGUCCUGCACACCUCACCAGAGAGAAGUCGUUUCACAGGAAGACUUAAAGAUUACGGGGUCAAUUUUAAAAAUAAAUAAAUAAAUAAAACGUGCUUUGAUGAAUCGUUCACAAUAAGAUCAAUAUCAUGCAUUUAGAAAAUAGGUCGGGUGAAUUUUCAAUUAAUUCCGACAUUAAGCACCUUCUCCGUGAGCACCGUUUCACCAAAUUUACACAUACACAGAAUAAUAAAUUAUAGCCCCUGUUGCAACGGGCUGCGAUUUAAUUAAAUAAAUAUAUAGCCUGCUCCCUUUAAAGUUUGUUAGGGCUGCUCUAUCCAGUCUAUAUUAAAUUAGAGCAUUAUUAACAGUGUUUUCAGAGCGGUUCUGUGCUCCACAACUCCCUCUCAUGCUUAUAGAGUAACAGAAGUGAGUUCGGUUCCGUUUGUUUACAUGCGCUAAACGCUUUAUUUACACUAAACUGGCGCGUCCUGCGUGAAGCGGUUUUAUUAUUAUCUGCGGAAGCAGCAUCUCACUCUCCGUAAGGCACAUGUAUCAUAAUAAUAACACAGAAUACAAGAUGGGGUAUAAUUAAAACAUCUUUAUUAAAUGAUUGCUGAGCAAACAUCAUUAACAGUAACACCUGUGUCCAGAAACAUCUCUUCAGUCUCCUGUUUACCUCUCACGAGAGAGCGUGUCGCACUUAUUACAGUCCCGGCGGAAACAAGUGAAAGCGGAACUAAUAUUUCCAACAUCCAACACAAUGAAAAGGAAGGAACAUAAUAUAUAAUAAAUCUAUAUCAAAUAUUUGGUUACUAUAAUAUAAUUAAUUGCUAAAUUAAAUAUAAUAAAAUAAUGAAUACAAAUAAUUUAAUUAAAUAGUGACAAACUAACCAAAAUCUUUAAAUUGAAUUUUAAUUACACCAAUGGGUAAUCAGUUCAACUUCAGUUUGACAUUAAGCCUCAUUCUUUAGGACUGUCUUAUAUACUGUAAAGAAUAGUUUGUAUAAGCCUACUAGGCCUAGAAUAAAGAGUAACAUUUACUAGGUGUGGAUGUGGAGGUGAGUGUGAGUGUAUGUCUGUCUAUGUGUGGCCCUGCGAUGGACUGGCGACCUGUCCAGGGUGUCCCCCGCCUUUCGCCCAAUGUUAGCUGGGAUAGGCUCCAGCCCCCCCGCGACCCUGUACACAGGAUAAGCGGUUGACGAUGGAUGGAUGGGUGGAUGGAUGGUAUACUGAAUUAUUCAAUUAAUCAACAUUAUUUUUGACAGCAAAAACUGGUUUUAGCAACAGGGAAAUGUAGUUAACAGUGACAUUGAGCUGAAAAUGUACAUGUAACCAGUUUUGACAGAGCUGCUGAUAAUGAAAGUAAAAUGACCAGCAUCGAUUGAUGAGAUGAAAAUUGGAGAUCGGUGUCGGAUGUUAAAAUCCUGAUUGGAGCGUCACUAAUAUUCAAGUUGACUGUGUUUCAAAAACUAAUGAUGACUAUUAUUGUGCUGAGAUCCCAUCUCAAAAUGGACAAAAACAGGUACACGGUGGACGGUAACAUUUGGAUAUGAAGAAGACUUUGUUUCACCUUUUAUAUAUUUAUUUGUUUGUGGUUGAACUGAAAAAAAGGUCUGUUUGGUUCUUUUUAAGAGUGCUCAAGUGUGAAAACCCCAGCAGCCCAGAAUUGGACAAAAUGCCAAUAAAUAAACUGCAAAUGAAUAAUUAUAGUUAUUAUAAAGUUGGUAUUGUUUAGAAUUAAACUAAAUCACAAAUGCUACAAAUGACUGAAUGCAUACAAAUGCAUUAAGCUGGGCAUUAAUCAUGACACAUUAUUACAGUUACAUUUAAUAGAUCAUAAAAUAACAAUAAUGAAAAAUAAACGUGUUUUCUCUAUAAUAAUCUGACUACUGUACAUGUUGCAAUUUUUGUAUUGUUAUUAUUAUUGUUGUUUUACCUGUUUGAGAUAUUUUUUAUUUUUUUCAAUUAAAGUCCAAAAUCCAAUAAAGUUCACGAAUUCAUUAUAACUGCAAUAUUUCUCUGUUUAUCAGACAUAUUUCAUAACCAAAUAUUAAACUGCUAAUAACAUCAUUAGUGCACCAUGAUACCGAAAUACCGUGGUCAUUUUUGUGAUGUUUACCAUACCGUGAAAAUGUCAUAUUGUCACAUCCCUAAUGUGCUCUGAUGAAAUGUGUACAAUAAUACUGGGAAGAUACAUUCAGAAACUGAAUUAAGAGUUGUAAACAGUCUUUAUUCUGUGCAUUAUAUAAUCAGUGAUGACUCUUGUCAGUGGUUUUAAUGUGUACUUCUGUUUUGUGUGAAUGGUGCUUCAGGUUUGUGAAUAAAAGAAACCCUGAAAAGAGGAGAUAUUUGUUGUUUGACUGGUGAGAAAGUUGCAGUUAUUGUGCGUUACAUCUAGUCCUGUGUUUGCUGAGGGUUAUUGCAGUUUUAGAUGGUGACAUCAUUACCAUCG